CGCUCAUAUUCCUAGAAGUGCCUCCAAAUAAAGGAAAAAUAUUCACACAAGAGAGAGAGAGAGAGAGAGAGAGAGAGAGAGAAAAAUAAGGCUUUGUUGCCGGCGAUCUGAAGGCGGCGGCCAUUGCUCUCGAGAGAGAGAGAAAGAGAGAGAUUGAAAGAGCGGAGAGUACGAGGCUCUCUCAAACUUCGGUCCUCUUCUUCUCUUUCAGGUCAAUAUCCUUGAAAAAAUGGGUGCUGGAGGUCGAAUGUCCUCUCCUUCAUCUCUCAAGAAGACAGAUUCUGACCACUUGAAGCGAGUACCGUCCACAAAACCCCCAUUCACACUUGGUGAGCUCAAGAAAGCUAUUCCACCUCAUUGCUUUCAACGUUCAGUCCUUCGUUCUUUCUCCUAUGUCGUUUAUGACCUAACCUUAGCCUCUAUCUUCUAUUACAUUGCAACCACAUAUUUCCAAAAUCUUCCUAGCCUCUUAUUUUAUCCAGCCUGGGCUUUGUACUGGGCUGCCCAAGGCUGCGUCCUUACUGGCGUUUGGGUCAUUGCCCACGAGUGUGGCCACCACGCCUUCAGUGAUUACCAGUGGCUGGAUGACACCGUUGGCCUUAUCCUCCACUCGUUUCUCAUGGUCCCCUACUUCUCUUGGAAAUACAGCCACCGUCGACACCAUUCCAACACCGGAUCUCUUGAACGAGAUGAAGUCUUUGUCCCUAAACAGAAAUCCGACAUGAAAUGGUACUCCACAUACAUCAACAACCCUGUAGGCCGUGUCCUCACCCUCACCAUCCAACUGGUCCUAGGCUGGCCUCUUUACUUGGCCUUCAACGUCUCUGGCCGUCCCUACGACCGUUUUGCCUGCCACUAUGACCCAUACGGUCCCAUCUACACUGACCGUGAGCGGUUACAGAUAUUCAUUUCGGACGCUGGGCUGCUAACUGUCACCUAUGGGCUCUACCGCCUUGUUCUAGCCAAAGGAUUGGCUUGGGUGGUUUGUGUUUACGGAGUUCCACUUCUGAUCGUAAAUGGAUUCCUCGUCCUAAUCACAUACCUUCAACACACUCACACAGCACUGCCACAUUACGAUUCCUCCGAAUGGGACUGGCUAAGAGGUGCCUUGGCAACCGUAGACAGAGACUACGGCAUCUUGAACAAGGUCUUCCACAACAUUACGGACACUCAUGUGGCUCAUCAUUUGGUGUCCACAAUGCCACAUUACCAUGCCAUGGAAGCAACCAAGGCAAUCAAGCCAAUUUUGGGCCAAUACUAUCACUUUGAUGGGACCCCGGUUGUGAAGGCAAUGUGGAGAGAAGCAAAAGAGUGCAUUUACGUGGAGCCUGAUGAAGGUGAGAAGAAAGGCGUUUAUUGGUAUAAAAACAAGUUGUAAUUUGCUUGUGGAAGAAGCAGUGUGAGAGAGAAAAGUGCCUUUGUCUACUUAAAAGUGGGGUAAACUUUUAAGCAUCUUGGUUCUGCUACUACUACUACUCUAGGAGAGCUGUUUGUUUUUCUUCUUUGUUAUAUGAACCUUAGUUUCUGUUAUGGGUAAGUUUAAUUCCUACCAAAAUGCCAACUCUUUUGUUAAGUCAGUCAAGUUUCUUGGUUGGUUUUACUUUGUUGGUUCGGGUCUAGAUUACAAGAUACUCGUAAGGUAUGCAGAUGCUUAAUGAUGAUUAAAUGUUAAUGCAUGCGAAUUGACUUUUCUUCAGAUUGCGUCUAUGUUAUGGAUAGAUUAGGAUGUCCAUGUGUAAUAUAUUUUCAUGUAUGGAAAAACAUUGCUAGACUUGGCCUCA